UUUACAAAUGAACAAUGUCGCAGAUAAAAUUGGUUCGAACAGAUUCACAGCUGUCACGUGCGAGCGAAUCUAUGUGUGCGGAUGAUAUUUUAGUUGAAAGUUGGAAAGGAAAAGCCCAGCAACAAUUUGACUUGGAAACAAUUCUAAACCUGUCACAAAGUCAGGGUUUUAAUGAGACUCAGACACAGAUUGCUGAGACAUUCUACUCCGUAUCUCCUGUAAAACGACAUCACUCCUUGAGAUUAGAUAAUCCGAACAAUCAGUACUCGGAGAGGUUUUCUCCCGGAGUAAACCUGUUUCAGUCUGAGAGAGGAUCAAAAUUUUUCAAAUACGGAGACAUUGACAUAGAGAGCCUGUUUGACUACCAUCCCCGUGCUAGGUUGUAUAAGCGCGGUUUUACCGAUCAAAGAAUAAAUACUAUUCUAAAAAUCUUGAUGAAUACAAUGAGAGGUGUAAACUAGAAAUCUCUGAACUAGGAAUACGACUUUUAGAAUCAAUUUUAAAAAUUCC